AUGGUUGAACCGUUUUCUUUUACAGGGCCGCCGUCGAUCAUAUGGGUUGGGCGUUAUGACCCUACGCUUCCCAGACCAUGGAAGGGUUUGAUUGAUCCUUCCACAGGUUGGCUAUAUUUCUGGAACCCUGAAACCAACGUUACCCAAUAUGAAAGACCAUCGGCCCCUCUAUAUCAUCAUCAAUUUCAGCUGCAGCAAUAUCCAUAUCCAUGGCUUCCUCGUUACGACCGGCCACAACUCCAGUACUCUCACCAGUACCCAGAACCUCUCUCUACAUCUCAUGCCCCCAUAUGCGCCUCACCAUGUAUUCCGAUUGCGGUUCGAGCUCCACACCCGGUUACCGUUCCGAUCAACUACCCACGAUAUCGAUCCCUGAUUCGUGAGGAAGGUGAAGAUAGGGAUAGGAUUAGUGAGUUACCGGAUGACCUUAUUUGUCACAUACUUUCUUUUCUUCCAACAAUAACUGCCGUAAGGACAACUGUUUUGUCUAAAAGAUGGAACAAGUUGUGGACUUUUGUUCGCCAUCUAGACUUCGACUUAUAUAGAGAUCGGCCCGAUGGGCAAAAGUACCUUUUUGAGAGAUUUGUUGAAUUUGUAUUUCUCCGUCUUGUUUCACUGGACAUUGGAAAAUUUCGUCUUAGAUAUGCCUCUGCCAGCUGGGAAGGUGAUUUUUCUCAUGUUGACGAUUGGGUUUCUGUUGCCGUCUGGCGCAAUGUUGUUGAACUUGAUCUUAGAAUUUUUUAUGUUGCUAGUGGGUAUCUUUGUCGCCUACCUAAAAGUAUUUUCUGGUGCAAAACCCUCAAGGUUUUGAAACUGUGGAUAGAAGAUAUAGCUAUUCCUGAUCCUCCUACAAAAGGGUGUUUCCCAAGUCUCAAAGUCUUGCAUGUCACACUUAUAGAUCCUGAUGAUAAACUGGGAAAACUUCUUUCUUACUUCCCUGUGGUCGAAGAUUUGAGCAUACACGUACAGAUGAGGUACUCUUACAAUUUCUAUAGCAAUUUCAAUCUCAAAGUCUCUACCCCAGAACUGAAGACGUUGAAAUUAAGUAUGGAACGGGAGGAAAGGAGAAACUACGAAAUGGAACGUGAUUAUGGUGGAACCCUAAAACAGAACCAUUUUUGUGUCGAUGCCCCAAAGCUUGAAAACCUUGAUCUUGUACAGAUUCCUUUGUCAAAUUAUAUUUUAGAGAACCCAAAAUCCGUAGUCAAUGCCAGUAUUGCUUUCAAAUCCCUCGCUGAAGAAUGGUCUUCCUUUCCAGACCUUGCAUUUCAGCUUCUUACUGGAAUAUCUAAUGUUAAAUGCCUCUCUCUUUCGGAUCAUCCUUUCGAGGCUUCAAAUCUCCCUGUUUUUGGUAAUUUGAACCAAUUGAAGCUGGUUCUUCGUAAUUGUAGUAGCUGGGAAUUUCUAGCAGCUCUGCUCCACAGAACACCCAAUCUGGAAGAUCUAGAUCUUGUCUUGGAAGAUGAACUCUUAUUUUAUGCUCAGAGAACCGGAGGCGAGAAAGAUUAUCCAGAACUCCAAUGGACUCCACCGGAGCUUGUGCCCAACUGUUUGUCAUCACACCUCAAGACUAUCUCCAUAAGAGGAUUCAAGGGUCUACAAUUUGAAAUGAAAGUAGUAAAAUACAUGUUAUUGAAUGGUUGUCAUUUGAAUAAGAUGACAAUUUAUACAAGUAUGUUAGAGAAGGAAGAGGAGUACUGCAGAGAUCUUUUGAGCUUUCAAAGGGUAAUGACUUGUCAAGUGGAAUUUAGGGAGAUGCAAUUUUAG